GGUGUGUGAUUUUACAACUUGGGAGUGUUUUUAAGGGGUCCUGAUACCGUGAGUCAUUGUUAACUUUUGUCUGUCUUUGAAAUGUCUGCUCUCAGUCUGGAAAGAACUAUUCCGACAAUGACUCAGGGGGGUAAAUCACAUAUAGUUUAAUAUUUGACUAAGAUUAAAAGAGGUCUUAGACAUGCAUGCCUUGUAACAAUUGCUGUGCUGGAGCCUCUAUCCCCUGCCUUCUUUCUGUGUUCUUGAGACCACAGCACAUUUGGUAGCUGGAUGCUCACCUUCCAGGUGGAAGUGACUCCAACAGGCAGAAAAAUAAGGAAGCCUUGGUUCAGGUUUCCCUUUGCCCCGCUGUGCAGCCCAGCUCCAUGGCAUCAUCAUCUGCAAUGACUUCCUCACAGCAGCUUGUCCCACCGGCUGCUGCAGAUGAAUCCAUUCUGCUGUGUUUAACCUGGGAACCGCUCCAUGUGUAAUUAGCACUUGGGAGACAGGUUUGCUUGCUUGUUUUGUUGUAUUUGCCUCAGGUUAAACCUCCUGGUGUGGUUUAGGGGUGAGACCCGGAUGCAAGGGAUGGCACAAAGAUGUGGCAAAGGAAGGAGACAGGAAGGGAUCUCAUCAGGCUAUGACUAACCACUGGUGCUGUGGAACAAAGCAGGAGAAAGGAUGACAGCCUGCUGAGUCCUCCUGAGAGCCAUUUGCAUUGCAUCGGGGUAGCUUUGGGGAAGGCAGUUACAAUGAGAGUAUUUUGUUUCUUUGGGGAUGCUCUUGUCUACGGUUUCAUGGCAUUGGUUUCUAUUUUAAUGUUGCUGGUCAAGGUAAACCCUUAAAGGCAGGAGCAAUGGGAAAGGAAGAAGUGGAAACAGUGUCUAGACUGGUUACGCCAAGAAAACAUUUGCAUUUUUGCCCUGUGUGUGCUAGGCUUUUACAGGGAGAUAGGUAUGGAAAUGUGAAGCAAAGAACCUUCAGUUUGCAGGAACUAGAAGAAACUUACAUUUCCCACUGAAGUUCUCACAACUUGAUCUGUUCUUCAUUGAGCCUGCGGGUGGAACAGGAUUGGCCAUAGGGUUCCCUAUAGGCUCUCUUCCAUUACAUCCUACAGCAACUGAGUCCCCAGAAAUCUUCUUUAACACCUUCAGGCCAGCUGCCAGUGCCUCCUGGGAAAGUCUGCUCUCCCCUCUGCUUGUAGAUGGCAAUUUCCCUGCAGGUGUGAUGAGUACAGUCCCUGCAAAUGGAAUGGUACCCUUUCAAGGGGACUGGGUCAUAAUGAACUUAUUGGUGCAAGAGCUGUACAACCUCUGCAAGCCUACAAUGUUGAAAGCAGGCUGGAAAAAAGGAAGAUCCCCUUCAACUAUUCAGUUUGAAUGGUACUUUUGUUGUCUCCAGCUCCACCAUUCAAAGACUUGCUGAAACUUCCGUGUUACAUGAAAACAUUGAUCAUGCUAUGAGUGUUUCAGACCUCUUCCUCUAGCGAAACAGCAGUGUAAUGAGGGAGAGGAACAACCAAGAGGGAAAGAAGAAAAAAACAACAUGGGCAGGUUUUCAAAGAUCUCCAAACAAUUAUUUUGGCAUCUAAUUCAUGUUUCACCUAAGUACUCAAGGGGAAGGGAGUCUUCUUCCUCAGUUGAGAUGCUUACUCAACCUCCUGCCUCCAGCCAGUCUGUUGAUGGACACAGACAAGGAAAACUGGUGUGCCAAAGGAGUAGGUACAGCUAUUUCUCACUUAUCCUUCUGAACUGCUGAUGAGACAUCAGCCUUUAUGCUUCACUUGACUGCCAGUUACUGAGGCCAGAGGAAGGGCAGGUGGGCAGACCAGCUCACCUGACCUCUUUAUUGCUGAGACCUCUCUGUUCUCUGAGACAGUGUCAAAUGUGCAAUUUGGGUCAAUCAGUCAAAUUGGGAAAUGUUUUCCUCUGGCACUUGUCAUUAUUCCUUCCCAGUGCCAUUUCAGUGCCUUAUGAAAGGUGGGCCUGUCAGGAGAAAGGAAUAAGGCUGAUUACUGACGCCUGGCUGAAGAGUGUAGUGGCUUCUCAUCCUGUGCUGAUGGGAAGGUGGUAGUACUUCUCAGGUGAAGCUGGGGACUAUGUGAGCUGGAUAUCCCUUUCUGCUUCCCUACAUCUCCAGAAGUUGAGGGUGAGUGAUGAUGUGUUCUCCUCCUGCUCACUAGAACUCUGGGGCAAUGCUUUUUGGUUUCCAUGCUCCCAUGGAGACACUGAAAAAUAAAGUGGAUGAUGGACAUCAAGGUGCUGGGUGUACUGGGGUUGCUCACCUAGGGCUCUGGAUUUUUUGAAUCUCCAGUCCUGGUUACUCUGUCUUCUUGCACAACAUUUUUUCUGUGCCAAUUCCUGUUCCCAGGAAGGAACAGAACCUCUUUACCUUGUGGUGUCACUGUAGUAUUGAUACAGUCACCUCUGCUGGCUUCUCUGGUUUAAUUUGUGUUAACUAUCCCACCUGCAACCACAGGGAAAGUGAUUAUUUUCUAAAGCAGGUGGAGAGUGGCUUCUGCUGUCUCAAAGGGAAACGUUCCUCACUAGGCUGGGACUCAAGGCAAAGGGCCAACCUGGUUCUGUGGAAAGAUGAGCUGGGGCCCUGCUGAAUUAUUAAGCACACACCAGAGUCAUCAGCUCAGGAAGAAAGAGAAGCACCAGCUUAGGUCACAGGUGUGGGAUGGAGAUUACUAGCUUCAAGAACAGAGGAGUGUAACUGGAUCUGACUCAUGCCCUUGGAUACUCUGCUGCCUGGAUCAAUAUCACAGCUGUUUGGUACUGUGAUGCCUAUGCUCAGCUUGGUUUGGUGGCCCUCUCUGGCACCACAGACAGCCUUAAAAGUCCAGCUCCACAGUACUGAAUCCUCCCCUCCUUUCAGAGGCACCUCACUUUUAGGGUAGGCCUGGAGGAUCAGCACCCCCAGGUCACACACACAGAAACCGAGGCAUAGUGUUUCUUUCAGUCUAACAGUUCAAAUAUGUUGGCCAUGUUUAAACUCCCUUGUUCACCAACAUAAAUGAUAUACAGAUUUGAAGAGAAGAUGAUCACAAGCAGGUGCAGCAGGAGGUCCAUUGGAGCUUACGUGUGCACAGCUCUUGUGAAAAAACAGAUUGUCUGAUUAGAUGUCUUAGUUGCCCAAGUAUGUGUGUUCACUCCAGAAAUUUUGUCCAUGUUGUAUGUCUGAGGCUAUAGGGAGAGAUAACUAGGCUGAAAAUAAGAUUCCGUCUCCUAGCCAUGCCUGAGAUCUCUGAGAUUCUGUCCAAACAAAAUGGUGAAUGUCUUUUUGUCCCUUUGGCCAUGUGAAUCUGCUGUGAUGCAAGCAAGGGACAGCACAGGGUGUGGCACUGUGAAGGAAGUCUUGGAGCUGUGUUUGUUUUGGUGGCAGCUGGCAUUUACCAGCACUGGCAGGUGGCUGGUGCACCCAUGGGAGAUGCUGCCUCAUUCAAGGGGACAAUAUCCCCUACCUUGAAUGAGGCACCCAGUCCUGUUCCUGCAGGAACUUCUGCCACACCCACUGAUCUUGCACUGCUUUUGCUUCUUCUUGCUUUAAUCAUAGAUUAAAACAUUUUAUUGCUGCAGGAAGCCUACUUUAUCAGCAAACAUUUGUUUCUAUAUUGCCACCUUCUUAUUACAACAAAUUCAUGACUCAGCUGAAAUAAGCCAAAGCAGUAGGAUGAACAUCCUGUAAUCUGGCUCAAUUUGGCUUGCAGCUUUCCUGAGUGGGCCUCUGACAUCAUCCCCUGAAUGUCUUGUUCAGCUGUAGGGUGGCACUGAUGGACCAGCAGGAGGGCUUGUGCCCCUUCUUUGUUACUUUGCUGAUGGAGUACAGGUCGUGGGGUGAGUCUGUUACUCAGAGAACAGGCCUGUGGACCUUUUCAGAUGUGGCAUCUCAGCUCUAAUGAGGUUACAACUUAACAGAAGUUCAAGCUAUUUGAAGAGCCACUAGAGCAGGUUAUGUUCCCUUUUCCCUCAUUUUCAAGGCUCUCCUGUGACUUCUGGAUCCUCUGCUUCAUAAAUUCAACCAUACUGGCAGAAUAUUAACAGGGCAAACCCUACCCUUCAUGUAGAGUUUAACUAAACUGCUCAAGAGCACCAGAGUUAGCACAGGGGAUGGAAGAAACGGGCUUCCCUGCCAGCCCUUCAGCUGCUGCAGACAUCUGAGUGACUCAGAGAUAACAAGUAGCUUUUCCUUUAAGUCUGGUCCUCUUUCUCUGCUCUUAAUGCCAGCCUCUCUGGAGAUUCUUGGAACCAAAUAAGUGCAGUUUCCCCCCUCUUUUCCCCCUUCAAAUAUGUCAGUCCUUGGACACCAAAAUAGAGCACUUCUAUUUGGAAGCAGGAAUUUAUCACCUGAAUGUGUGUCCUUUGGUCCAGACUUACCUUGUGAAUACCUGCCCAUUUUAGGCCAUAUUAACCUUUGAAAAGUCAAUAGUUGUAAAGGCAUUAUAAGUUGUUCAAUAGGUUUUACGAGGUUUCCACUAGUUAAGAAUCUCUGAAGAAUCUGCACUCACUAAGUAUGCUACAAGCCUCUCAACACAGAUUUUUCUGUGUAACUUUGAUCUAAAUAAGGAAGUUUUAGGAGUGGAAUUAGGGCAGGGAUACAGCCAAGCAGUGAGAAAAAAUGGGUAAAGCUGCUAAAAUUAAAGCUAACAGUAGUCUUCUGAAUAGAAAAUUUAGGCUGCGAGAGAAACAGAGGAGAUAAUAUCACUUUCAGGCAUACUUUAACAUUUUAUUCUUCAUGCAUGUGAAAGCAAAUUGCAGAAUUUCCCAUCUGAAAAGGAUUAAAAAAAUUAUUGUUAUUUUUUCACUCACAUUAAGGAUGAAAAGGGCUGUAAUGGCCCUGCUCUUUUUUCUACUACCCUGUGUGCAAGAUUUUGCUGGCUGCCUGUACCAUCAUCCCUCUGGGUACAGAACUGUGCCAGGGGUACUGGGCAAGCUUUUGAGAGACCAGCCCCUCUGCAGACUGCCUCAUGCUGCCUGGCAGCACCUUGCAGCGGGAGAGGGAUCAGUUGCUUUUCCUUUGGCUUCUCUAGCUCUUGGCCUCCAAACAGGAAAUACCUUGGCUCCUGGCAGCAGAGGCUUACUUGCUUUUUCCACAUGAAUCAUGAGACUGGAGGUGCUUGAUCUGCUUCAGGACGGAGGGUCUCGGAUGGUUUGUCCAUGUGGUGGGGCAGCUCCCUGGGCAGGCUGCUGGAGGGCUCUGGGAACAGAUGGAUAAAGAGGUGUUCUGGCACCCUGUAAUCACAGCCAGCCUGAUUUCUGUUCCUCUGAACGGAACAGCAGUGUGCACUUCUCACACAUAUUCUUCCAAAUGUCUUAGGGCAAUAAUGCUGCAGACCUUUAACCAAUUGGAGAGGAACUGUAAACCAAGCAUUGAUAAUAUAUAGAGGGAUAGCCAUUUAUGAUGCCUCAGCAGGUGAACCUGUUUACCAUGAAUACUCUUCUGUGGGAAGGAGAUGGUGCUAUAUCCCUAGUGAGGUCUUCCCCUGCAGUGCCAUCACAUCAAAUACUGUACUUUUUUGAGUGAAGAUAUGUUCUUUUAUCCCAGAAUUUCCUUGCUCAAAUAAUUUCAAAUUCAUGUCACUGGGAUUUCUACAGAAAUUUCUGGGAGAGCUGGAGUUAACUUAAGAGAAUAUAGAACAAAAAAUGGAACUGCUGAGCUCAACUUUGGGUUGCAGUGUCAUUUCCUGACCUCCUGCUGUAAAAUAAUGAAUGAACUGCUUGAUUCUAGACCACUUCUUAUCUGUGCUGCAUCCAGUGUUUUAGCUGGAAAAUCCCAAACAUAACAUUGCGAAGGCAGCUAAACCCUGUAGCUACAGGCAGUUUCCUGAAUAUGAACUGCAGCAGGAUUCAAUGCAUUAUGUAUGGAUCAGCCCUCUGGAAUUGCACAUGCAUGUAAGUUAUGCCUGUAGGAAAACAGUAAUUUUAAACCUCCUUCUUCCCCACCUCUUGGACCUCACUUGUGUUAAAUAUUAACAAACAUGGUUCAUCAGUUCCCUGGUUCACUUGGCUUCUUUUAACAACAGAUGUUAUUACAACAACUCUGCCUACCUCCCUGCUCCUGUCAGCACAGCUGAUGGUGAAACCCAAGAGUCUGCAGCUGUAACUCAGCCUGCAGAGCCUGGCUGCUGCCCCAGCCCUGUGGCCACCCCUAACUCUCUCCCUAGGAUCACCAAUGCCUCCCACCCUUGGUGCCUUUAACUAGCUUGUGCUGGGAAAGGAAGCACUGGUUGCAGAGAGGCUUUGGUUAAAGGAGACAGAGAAAAGGUGGGAGGGAGCCCAGAGGAAGGUGAGCUCCUGCUGUCAGAGGAGGAGGCAGUGAGGAUGGCCAGCAACUCCAGUGCACUGCCCCGGGUGACUUUCCAGACGCCAGAGAAACCUGGGGAGGAAUCAUCACACAGGAAACUGGGCAAGCUGACCAUAAAGUACAACCGCAAAGACCUACAGCGCUGGCUAGACCUGGAGGAAUGGAUCAACGCCCAGCUGCAGGAGCUGUACCAAUGCCGGCUAAGGGAAGAAACAGAGGCAGCAACUCCUGAACCACAAAUUGAUCUUGAAGAUCUUCUGGAGGUCCCUAAUGAAGAACAGAAAAUAAAACUACAGGAAAUCCUCCAUGAGUGCUCCAGCCCCACAGAGGACUUCAUCACAGAAUUGCUUAGUCGAUUGAGAGGUCUCCGAAGAGUCACCAAUCCUCAGAAGAAAUGACCUUGCUCACUUGGAAAACCCAGCUUUGGUUACAAGGAAACGUGUAUCUUCCUGACAAAAACCAGGAUCAGCAACAGAACUUCUGAGGAUGUUUAGGAUUUAUUAUUAUUGAGAAGCUUCACCAAGUUUGUGAACUUUGUACCUAUGGUUUGAAGUCUCCACUCCUUCCAGAUCUA